AAACCGAAACGGCGCGGGAAGGCUGGGCCGGCGGCCGUGCCCUGCAGGAGCCCUGCCUCCGCUCGGCUAGUUGCAGUUUCGUUUUUCCGUUUCCAUUUACGAUGGACAUUUCCGCGUCAGCCCGGCCUCCCUGCGGCUCGCCGCGGGCUUUAAAAGGAGCGGGGUCCAGGCGCAGGGAGCCGAGCCGGGACCAUGACGGCCGAGGAGCGGCGGAAUCUGCACGCCUUCCGAGACUAUGUCACGAAGAUUCUGGACCCUACUUACAUCCUGAGCUACAUGGCGCCCUGGUUUAAGGAGGAUGAGAUGCAGUAUAUUCAGGCCGAGAAAAGCAACAAGGGCGUGAUGGAGGCUGCCUCGCUUUUUCUCAAGUUCCUCCUGGAGCUGCAGGAGGAAGGCUGGUUCCGUGCCUUUCUGGAUGCUCUUCACCAUGCAGGUUAUUCUGGACUUUAUGAAGCUAUUGAAAGUUGGGAUUUCCAAAAAAUUGAAAAGUUGGAGGAAUAUAGAUUGCUAUUAAGGCGUUUGCAACCAGAAUUUAAAACCAGAAUUAACCCAAAUGAUAUUCUUCCUGAAAUAUCUAAAUGUUUAAUCAAUCAGGAAUGUGAAGAAAUUAUACAGAUUUGUUCCAACAAGGGGCCAAUGGCAGGUGCAGAGAAAAUGGUUGAGUGCCUUCUCAGAUCAGACAAGGAGAACUGGCCCAAGUCUCUGACACUUGCUUUGGAGAAAGAAGAGAGCAAUUUCAGAGAACUGUGGAUUACAGAGAAAGGUGCGAAAGAGAAAACGAAAGAUCUUGAGGAUGAGGAAGCAGAAACUUCCGAAGUGCAGAUUUUCUACAAGGAAGAACCGGAAUGCCAGGAUCUUAGUCAGAAUUCAUGCCCACCUUCAGAAGUGUCCCUUGCUCACAGCCCUCUGAAGCCAAGACAUUACCAACUGGAGCUGGCUUCUCCUGCUAUACACGGAAAAAACACAAUAAUAUGUGCUCCUACCGGUUGUGGAAAAACCUUUGUUGCACUUCUUAUAUGUGAACAUCAUCUUAAAAAUUUUCCACAAGGACAAAAGGGGAAGGUUGUGUUUUUUGCUAAUCAACUCCCAGUGUAUGAACAGCAAAAAUCUGUGUUCUUAAACUAUUUUGAAAGACUUGGGUACAGAGUUUCAGGCAUAUCUGGAUUAACAUUUGAGAAUAUCUCAGUGGAACAGAUUAUUGAGGACAGUGACAUCAUCAUUUUAACUCCACAGAUUCUUGUGAACAGCCUUAAAGAUGGGACUGUCCCAUCACUCUCUGUCUUCACUUUGAUGAUAUUUGAUGAAUGCCACAACACCAAUAAGCGCCAUCCUUACAAUAUGAUCAUGUUCAGUUAUCUAGAUCAGAAACUUGGAGGAUCUUCGGACCCACUGCCCCAGGUCAUUGGGCUGACCGCCUCAGUUGGUGUUGGGGAUGCCAAGAACACAAGGGAAGCCAUGGAGUAUAUCUGCAAGCUGUGUGCUUCUUUGGACACAUCAGUGCUAGCAACAGUCAAGGACAACCUGGAGGAACUGGAGGAAGUUGUAUAUAAGCCCCAUAAGUUGUUCAGGAAAGUAGAAUCACGGAGCACCAACAGAUUUGAAAAUAUCAUCUCUCAGCUGAUGAAAAAGACAGAGAGUCUGGUAAAGAGUGUCUUUGAUGAACUCGGUACCAUAAGCCUUGAAAGCUUAUCUCAAAUUCGAAACAGGCGUUUUGGAACACAGAAAUACGAACAGUGGAUCGUUGACGUUCAGAAGAAGUGCACCGUGCUGCAGCUGCCGGACAAAGAGAGAGAGAGCAGGGUCUGCAAAGCGCUGUUUCUCUACACUUCCCAUUUGCGGAAAUUUAAUGAUGCUCUCAUUAUCAAUGAGCAUGCACGGACAAAAGAUGCCCUGGAUUACUUGAAAGACUUCUUCCGUAAUGUCCGAGCGUCAGGAUUUGAUGAGAUUGAGCAGGAUCUCACUCGAAGAUUUGAAGAAAAGCUGCAAGAACUAGAGAGCAUUUCCAUGGACCCCAGCAACGAGAACCCUAAACUCAGGGACCUCUGCUACGUCUUGCAGGAGGAGUACCACCUGAACCCAGAGACCAGAACCAUUCUCUUUGUGAAAACCAGAGCGCUUGUGGAUGCUUUAAAGAAAUGGAUUGAAGAACAUUCUACACUCAGCUUUCUAAAACCUGGCAUAUUGACUGGACGUGGCAAAACAAAUCAGAACAUAGGAAUGACCCUCCCAGCACAGAAGUGCGUACUGGAUGCAUUCAGAACCCACGGAGACAACAAGAUCCUGAUCGCCACCUCGGUGGCUGAUGAAGGCAUUGACAUCGCGCAGUGCAAUCUGGUCAUCCUGUACGAGUACGUGGGCAACGUCAUCCGAAUGAUCCAGACCAGAGGCAGAGGAAGAGCAAGAGGUAGCAAGUGCUUCCUUCUGACUAGUAAUGCUGAUGUAAUUGAAAAAGAAAAAAUGAACAUGUACAAAGAAAAAAUGAUGAAUACCUCCAUUUUAAGCCUUCAGACAUGGGAUGAAGCAGCAUUUAAAGAAAAGAUUCGCCAGAUACAGAUUCAUGAAAAAUUAAUCAGGGAUAAUCAAGGAAAAAUAGAACCUGUACUUGAUAAGGAAAAUAAAAAGCUGCUCUGCAGAAAGUGCAAAGCCUUUGCAUGUUAUACGGCUGAUAUAAGAGUGAUAGAGGAAUGCCAUUACACUGUGGUUGGAGAUGCUUUCAGGGAGUGCUUUGUGACUAGAUCCCAUCCCAGACCAAAGAAUUUUGGGAUUUUUGAGAAGAAAGCAAAGAUAUUCUGUGGUAGACAGGACUGCAGCCACGACUGGGGCAUCUGUGUGAGGUACAAGACAUUUGACAUCCCACUUAUAAAAAUUGAAAGUUUUGUGGUGGAGGAUGUUGCCACUGGAGCUCAGAGGCUGUAUGCAAAGUGGAGGGACUUUCAUUUUGAGAAGCUACCAUUUAAUGCCGCAGAAAUGUCCAAAUGACCUCAGGACUCGUCUUCAGCUACAGAGAAUGGGUGAUCUUGAGUAAAGAAGAAAUUACCCCCAGUGGAUAAAUCAUGACACCUUGUACCACUGUGAAGAUAUUUACCUGAGGCUGAUACCGCACUGAAUGUUGAUCGCUUAAUUCACCUUCUGUUCAUUGCUUUCAACAGUUUGUACUAUAUCAUAUACAUAAAGCAUGCAUGGGUGAGUCAGAACACCGAAUGCUUCAUAGGCCAAUAGGGCUGUAAGUACUUGGGAAAAAUUUUAAAGCCUCAACUUCUCUUUCCAUUCUUCCCUUGAGAACCAACCACACUGGUUUAUACCCAGUAGCCACUCAGUACACAUGAGAAUGAAUGAAUGAAUGAAAGAAAGAAAAAGAAAGAAAGGAAGGAAGGAAGGAAGGUUGGUUGGUUGAAAGGUUUCUCAAUGCCCUGGCUGAGUAAUUCAAUUGGUUCGAGUGUCCACCGUAUAUGCCAAGGUUGUUAAUCCCUGAUCUGGGCACACAUGAGAAUCAACCAACAAAUGCGUAAGCAAGUGGAACAACAUGUUUCUUUUUCCCUUCUUCCCCUCUCUCUCCAAAAAUCAAUAAAAAAAAAAAAAACCGGUGUUUAUGACUCCCCAUUUAAUAAACUAACAAAUUGUUAUUUUUUUAAAAAAGAUUUUUCAUAUUUCCUUUUCUUUCCUUAACCUACUGUAAACCAGCUUCUGCCUUUAAUAAUCUACUGAAAUUGUUCUUGUCAAGGUUACCAGUGACUGUGGUGCCCAAAUCCACCGGGCACUUCUUAGUUCUCUCCAAGCUCUUUGCUGCUUAGGGCCCUGUUGGGUACUCCUUUCUUGGAACUCUUUCCUGGCUUCUGUGUCUUCUAGCUCUGUUUCAGUCUGUUCUGUUGGUUCCUUUUUGCUAAUUCCUUAAAUGUUGACAAUUCCAAGGGUUCAACAUAUAUACAUAUAUACCAAUGUAACGGUGACACGUGCUCAUGUUUUCUGUUCAGCAAUAUGUGUGGCAUGUAAUCUUAAAAUUCUGUAGAGGAGGACUUUUAGUAGUGGGGCAUGUAAAUGGUCCAGAACUUCCUGAGAAGCUGAUUUCUGUUCUUUUAGUUUAUCGUGCAUCUUGCCCUGUUGUUUUCAUAGCCUGUGCUGUUGGUCCCCUUUGAGUGGUCUAACCAAGCCAUUUCCCAAUAAUGGCUAAUGGUCAAUACUUGGACUCUGUUCUCAGCUCCCUUGGAUGAUACUGAGGAGGCUGUUUAAUUUGACCGUCCUUUUUAUUUAAAAAAUCAGAGUGCAUAUACAAAUGACACUCCCGUGGUUUAACAAGUUUGCUGGGGCUCCAGAGCUUAGUGUGGGGUUUUCCAGACAUGGAGACAGCUGCCUGAGAUUUGCUGUUUCACUCCAGGCCACAGGAUCUUGUGUUGAAUUCAGGGUGGGCUCUGCAGUAAUUUAAACAUCUUUUUAAAACAGAUUCAGAUUAGUUGUUUGUAACUCAUUUUGGUGGUUCAGCAGUCACUUCAUGAACAGAACAAGAGGCAUUUUUGUCGCUCUCAGCACCUAGGACAUUCCAAGUGGGGUGGAGAUGAAGACCAGAUACAGAUUAUUAUAAAUCACGGUCUCACAAGUAUCUCUUUUUAUAGUGAAUGGCUUGUGGGUUUUUUUUUUUUUUUUUUUUUUUUUGCUGUUGUUUAAAAACAUCAAUAGAAUAUAUAAAACAUCUACUGGAAAUCUAUUUGAGAAAAGUUCUUUCAAGUUUCUAAACGGUCCAGCUUAGAUGAAGGUGAAGAUUUAGUCUCUUUAGACUAAAGCCGAUGCAAGAAAAACUUCCCUCGUUUGAUUUUGGCGUGGAGUCGAGCUGUUGCCAGGCAUGGAGCCUGGAACAGAGGAGGCAGUUGGUUUUUAUUCAUUGAAGGGAAGACACCAGUAAAUAGGAUUUUAAGAAAUGAGAACUUCUGACUGAUGCCCCAGUGCUGGUCACUGGAUUUCUGCAUCAGAGGCUGCAUUCCACAGCCCACAUGGGAGUCUUUCUCAAGGGUCCCCGCCCAGCCCCCACGAGAACAUCCUGGCAGGCUGUCCAGCCAUGUGUGUUUUGUGAAGUUCCUCAGAUGCAUGAAUGAAAGUCCGCGGGACUCUUCUGAGGAAUGACAGGGAGUCUUAUUCU